CAGGAAGUGAAGGGCGGUGGUUGAGAAGACGCAGCAGCGGGCUAUAGCUGAUUAGUUUCUGGUCGUCGUAAGGAAUAUAAACACACACCGUCAAGAUGUCGAGCAAAAGAGCAAAGGGAAAGACCACCAAGAAGCGCCCCCAGCGCGCCACCUCCAAUGUCUUCGCCAUGUUCGACCAGUCUCAGAUCCAGGAGUUCAAGGAGGCGUUCAACAUGAUCGACCAGAACCGAGACGGCUUCGUUGACAAGGAGGACCUCCACGAUAUGCUGGCCUCGCUCGGCAAAAAUCCAACUGAUGAGUACCUGGAGGCCAUGAUGAUGGAGGCUCCUGGUCCCAUCAACUUCACCAUGUUCCUCACCAUGUUCGGAGAGAAACUCAACGGCACAGACCCCGAAGAUGUGAUCAGAAAUGCCUUCGCUUGCUUCGAUGAGGAGGGAACAGGUUUCAUCCAGGAAGAUUACCUCAGAGAGCUUCUCACGACGAUGGGCGACCGGUUUACAGACGAGGAGGUGGACGAGCUUUUCAGGGAGGCGCCCAUCGACAAGAAGAGCAACUUCAACUACGUCGAGUUCACACGCAUCCUAAAGCACGGCGCCAAGGAUAAAGACGAUUAAAU